AUGAACCUGAAGUGGGCCCCCAACGGGCGCCGCUUAUUGUGUUCCACUGGCCGCGGCGAGUUUCUACUCUUCAAUGGGCACUCGUUUGGUGUGGAGGUCAAGACGGUUGCUCACGAAGAUCAUCGGCCCUGCCGGGCCAUUACGUGGGGAAACAAUAGCGACUUGAUCAUCAGUGGCGACGAUGCGGGUAUCGUGAAACUGUGGUUGUCAAACUUUGUUCUUGUGGCGGAGUAUAACUCGAAUCACCGAGCUGUUCGCGAAGUGACGUGGUCACCACUGGAGGGGAAGUUCUGUACCUGUGGGCAGGAUGGGUCUGCGCGUGUGUGGGAUACAAACGCGGUGGGCAUCAACCCUCAGGAAGCACGGGAGGAGGUGAAGUUAGAGGGACACGGGGGUGACGUGGUGACAGUAGAUUGGCACCCGUUUCACUCCCUUAUUCUCACAGGAAGUCAGGAUCGGGAUUGCCGGCUCUGGGAUCCGCGCACCGCGUCACGCGGCAGCAUCGCGGCUUUGCAGGGACACGCCCAGUCCGUUAAUUGCGUGCGGUGGAAUCCCAAUGGUACAACGCUGCUCUCCGCGUCGAAGGACUGUACAGUGAACCUCUGGGACAUACGAAUGGUCCAAGUGGUGGCGUCGUACGAGGCUCAUUCAAAGUCCGUGGAGCGUGUGGAGUGGCACCCGCAGGUGCCGGACCUUUUCGUGAGUGCAGGCGCGGACGGAAGCCUCAUGUAUUGGCCGGUGGAUGCAUGCGAGGGGACCCCGCGACAGGACGGCGUGAUGGUCGUCAUACGCGAGGCUGCAGUUGUCGAAAACGCACACGAUCGCUUCCGCGAUGUCGCCAACGCGGUGAAUGCCGUCGCCUGGAGCCCGUUGGGGAGCCUACUUGCCUCCUGCUCGGCGGAGGUAAAGUAUUGGCACCGCAACAAGCCAGGCGCGCUCGAGGAAAAGGAGCGUGGCGAGGAGGACGACGUUUUCGAUGCGAAUGAGAAGCUGUGA